AUGGAAAGAGACCAGUUACAGACCAGUUACAACAACCGAAUUAUAGAGAGAGAGCAGUUACAGACCAGAUACACCAACUUGAUUACAGAAAGAGACCAAUUACAAACCAGUUACACCAACCUAAUUACAGAAAGAGACCAGUUAAACACCAGUUACAACAAGCUGAUUAUAGACAGAGACCAGUUACAGACCAGUUUCACCAACCUAAUCAUAGAGAGAGACCAGUUACAGACCAGAUACAACCUAAUCACAGAGAGAGACAAGUUACACACCAAUUUCAAUGUCCUAAUCACAGAGAGAGACCAGUUACAGACCAGAUACAACAAGCUAAUCACAGAUAGAGAUCAGUUACAGACAAGUUACAACAACCUAAUCACAGAGAGAGACAAGUUACAGACCAAUUUCAAUGCCAUAAUCAGAGAGAGAGACCAGUUACAGACCAGAUACAACAAGCUAACCACAGAUAGAGAUCAGUUACAGACAAGUUACAACAACCUAAUCACAGAGAGAGAAAAUUUACACACCAAUUUCAGUGCCCUAAUCAGAGAGAGAGACCAGUUACAGACUAGAUACAACAACCUAACCACGGAUAGAGAUCAGUUGCAGACAAGUUACAACAACCUAAUCACAGAGAGAGAAAAUUUACACACCAAUUUCAGUGCCCUAAUCAGAGAGAGAGACCAGUUACAGACUAGAUACAACAACCUAACCACGGAUAGAGAUCAGUUGCAGACAAGUUACAACAACCUAAUCACAGAGAGAGACCGGUUACAGACCAGUUAUAACAACCUAAUCAUAGACAGAGACCGUUUACAGACCAGUUACACCAACCUGAUUAAAGAGAGAGACCGGUUACAGACCAGUUACACCAACCUGAUUAAAGAGAGAGACCAGUUACAGACCAGUUACACCAACCUAAUCACUGAAAAACAAGAGCUACAGGUUAAAAUUCUGCAAAUAGCAAAUGAAAAGGGACAAUUACAGAGCAGCUACGACACCAUGAGAAACCAAAUGGACCUUUUGCAGACGGAGAAAAACAGACUUCAGCAGAAGCUGAAUUACUUACAUGAGCACACUGAGUUGGGAUGGUUGUACUUCAGGUCCAGUCUUUACUACAUUGCUUGUGAGAAUAAGAACUGGGAUGAAAGCAGACGGUACUGCAGGCAGAGAGAUGCUGACCUGGUGAUCAUGAACAGCAGACUAGAACAGGUAAGAGAUGGAGAAAAAGAAAGAUGGGCCUGUGUGUUUUGGAUUGGUCUGACUGACAGAGACACAGAGGGCUCAUGGAGAUGGGUGGACGGCUCAGCACUGACCACUGAGUACUGGGAUGAUGGAGAACCAAAUAAUAAGGGUGAUGAAGACUGUGCAGAGUUUCAAUUAGACAAUAAGAGGUGGAAUGAUAUGCCCUGCUCUGUUAAACAUUGGUUUGUCUGUGAGAAACGUGCUGAGUGAUGGUGUAAUACAUGCAUUUUGGUUAUUUAUGUAAUUAUGAUUUUUGCGUCAUAUUGCACCAUGUAUAAGUCAUAACUCUAUUUCAUAACUCUAUGUAUAAAGCAACUACAAAUAUUCAUGUAAUGAUGUCAUAUAACAUUGGCUUUCUGUUGGUUCUAACGCUGUCAUUUCAAUAUUUGUGUUGCCUGUUUUGCUUCAAAAUAAGUUGGUUGGAAAAACCAAGGAGGUGUUUUCUGCACGUAUACAUUAGUGCCAUCUUUUCGGCCCAUGUAAAAACAGUCACCCAAACCUAUGUGGAAUUUGCAUGGGCAUUUUUUGAGUUGUGCUGCAAAGCUGGCAAAGUCAUGUUAGAGGAUGUCUGUGAGCUACAGAAACCCAGAAGGCCAAGACCUUUUUUUAAUAACAUACCAAAAACAGCAAAAAACCUUUCGAGCAUCACCUGCACACU